GUUAUGAAAGAAACCCACAGGGAGAGCACCCAGAGGACGGGGAACAAACAGACCCAACUCUUCACAGGACUUUGAGAUCCCCAGCUCCUGUGACACGGUGACAGGGCACGUGUGCUGAUUCCUGGCUGUGCCCAUCCAUCACCCAGAGCUGAUGGCCAGUGGGAUGCGAGUUUUCCUGCUCCUCCUUUGGACAGCAAACACACCUCAGGGUGCAGGAGUUCAGGUUUUGCCACCUGUUAACUUCACCCUCAGUGUCUCUGCAUUAGCACAAGUGCUGUUACACUGGGAACCAAACCCUGCUCAGGAGCAAAACAACUCCACCAUCAGAUACGAUGUGAAAAUCCUGAGCCCUGUGCCAGAAGAGUAUGACACCAAGAGGACUCACAGUGUCCGAACAGCAGCGCUUCACAACGGCUUCUCGGCUCGCGUGCGGACCUUGCUCCUCCAGGAGAACCUUCAGCUGAGCAGUGACUGGGUGGAGAGAAACCUCCCACCUCUGCCAGGUGCUGCAGAGACCUCUGUCACCAACCUGUCCUGUGUCACUCAUGUCACCAUCCCUGGCAAUGUCUCUCUCCGUUGCACUUGGCUCCCUGGCCAAGGGGCACCAGAAGACACCAAAUACUUUCUGUUUUACAGGUAUGAGACACACACUGAGGAAUGUCCCGCUUACACCAAAGACAAGUGGAACAGGAAUGCUGAAUGCAGCUUUUCAAGUACUCAGAUUGAACCUGGCGAGAUCGACAGCCUCAUUGUCAUUCACAUUAAUGGCUCCAGCAAACGUGCUGCAAUCAAGCCUUUUCAGCAGUUAUUUAACCAAAAUGCCAUCGAGAAAGUGAAUAUUCCCAGAAAUAUCAGCGUAUCCCUGGAGCAAAAUGAUCUCCUGGCCACGUGGGAGAAGCCAAUUUCUCCUUUCCAUGAGGAAUGUUUUGAAUAUGAGUUUUAUCUCAUCAACCUGAAGUCAGGUAACAAGCAGAUCCUGAAAAUCUCCUCGAACAGAUUCCGAGUAGGGAUCGAUGGCAGCAGCAGGUAUUCCAUAAGGAUCAGGGCCAACCACAACCACAUCUGUCGUGCCCAAGGAUUCUGGAGUGACUGGAGUGAAAUCAUUUAUGUUGGGCAAAAUAAACUGGAGAAUUCCAUAGUCUGGAUUCUCACUCUGCUUUGUGUUUCCAUGUCCUGCAUAUUGCUGUUUGUUGCUAUAAUAUGCAAAAUCCUGUGGGAAGAGUGGAAAUUUCAGAAAGACACAGCUCGAAACCCAGAGACCCUGCAAUGCUGAUUUAGGGCACGAGGGUCCUGUGGGGUGUGUCCAAGGUCUGAAGGUCCAAGCAGUGAUAAUGCCUUAACCUGUGUAGACAGAGACACCUGGGAUGCUUUUUGUCACAAGAUCUUUAAUGACACAACUCCGACUUUUCUGUAACCUCCAAAAGAGAACAGAAACAUUCUGAGGGCACCACCCCAGCAACUCCUCCCUGCAAAGCAGCCCCCAUGGACACACUUCUGCCUCAUUUCUCAUGGGCACCCUUCUUUAAGUGUUCCCCUUCCAGAAGUGAUGUGUAAUUUAUG